AACCCCCUUGGCUCCCGUCCCAGGCCCUGUGCUGAUGCUGGCAACGUGGGGGAGGCCGGCUCUGAUUGGCUGACAAGGGCCACGCGUUAGGGAGCGGGGCGGCGAAAUCCACGUGGGCCGGACAGAGGGAGCGGGGCUCUUGCCUGGGGCAGUGGCAGAUCCCCGCUAAAACGAUGAUCAGGCUGACCAAUUUUAGCAUUGACGCCCCGCGCUGGGACCAGAACACUUUUCUGGGGCGCCUAAAGCAUUUCUUCAACAUCACAGACCCGCGGACGGUGCUGGUGUCUGAACAUGAGCUGGACCGGGCUAAGGCGCUGGUGGAAAGCUGCAGGGCUGGCCUGGUACCCCCGGGAACCAGCCAGGAACAGCUGUUCUACGCCAAGAAGCUCUACGACUCUGCAUUCCACCCAGACUCAGGCGAGAAGAUGAACCUGAUUGGGAGGAUGUCAUUUCAGGUGCCCGGGGGAAUGGCCAUCACUGGCUUCAUGCUGCAGUUUUACAGGACAGUCCCAGCAGUCGUCUUCUGGCAGUGGGUGAACCAGUCGUUCAACGCCUUGGUGAACUACACCAACAGGAACGCGGCCUGCCCCAUCUCGCUCACGCAAAUCGGAGUGGCUUACGUCACCGCCACCAGCACAGCCCUGGCGACCGCGGUGGGACUCAACCUGUACACCAAGAGAGCCCCGCCCCUCGUGGCACGCUGGGUCCCGUUCGCGGCCGUGGCUGCCGCCAACUGUGUGAACAUCCCCAUGAUGAGGCAACAGGAGCUCAUUAACGGGAUCAUGGUGACGGAUGAGAAGGACUGUGAGCUGGGCCAUUCCAGGGUCGCUGCAGUCAAGGGGAUUACCCAGGUGGUGAUCUCCAGGAUCGUCAUGGCAGCGCCUGGCAUGGUUCUUUUGCCGAUUCUCAUGGAGCGGCUGGAGAAGUUCCCCUUCAUGAAGAGAAUUCAGGUCCUCCACGCGCCUUUACAAGUGAUGCUGGCCGGGGGCUUCCUCCUGUUCAUGGUGCCGGUUGCCUGCUCGCUGUUCCCACAGAGAUGCUCGCUGGCGCUGUCUAGCCUGGAGCCGGAGCUCCGAGCCUCCAUCCAGGCCAGGCACGGGGACUGCGUGCCUUACGUCUAUUUUAACAAGGGAUUGUAAAUCGAGCCUCUACCUUGGGAGCCGUCCGCGGCCCUGCACCGCGCGCCGUAGGGCCACCUGCAGCUGCAGGGCUGUAAGCUGGAGGUGGGCUCAGGACAUACCAAUCAGACCUGGAUUUCCCCCCGCACAUCCCCUGUCGGCCAAAGUAUUGGGGGGAGGGGCAGAUCUGGGGGUGACUUCUGGCUCCUCUUUGGUUUAACCCUGUAUCUUCUGCUCCCCAAACCAGAUUUGGGGCCUACCUCUGAGUGCCUGACACCUGCUGGGGGCGCUCCAUCUGUUGCACGGGUGCUGGCCUGCUAGUGGACAGAAGCGGGAAUGUGCCCUCUUCACUGGGCACCAUAGGUCAGCAGAUCCCUGGGCCUUAGCAGCGGCUCCUCCUUGUCGCUGGCUAAUCCAGGGAAGCGCACCUCCUGCUGCCUUAACCCCUCCCCUUGGGUCUGACCUGCGGGAGGCUGCAACAGGACCUCGGCGUGCCUGGAUCCUGUUCUUUUAGGUGUUGGACUGAUGCCACCUGUUACAAAGUGCCUGAGAACUGGUCUGAUUGCUGUAGGUAUCCCAGCCCGGCCCCCCGGUGCAGAGCACGUGGCUGAAGGCUCUUGCAGUCCUGUGCCCCUCUCUCCGUGACAGAUGACUGCUCUGUUCCCCUGUUUAGACGGCUCCCUCCCCUGCCUAGCAGGAUGGGGGUAGCUGGGGUAAUACACACAUGGUGCUAUCUCUCUUCUGUUCACGGAGGCAGGAUGGGCUCUGCCAUCCCUGUUGCGGGUCAUAUCCAGUACAAUUGAUGCCUGUUUCUGUCCAGCUGUGAACUGAAUUCUGCUCUCAGUUAAACAGGUGCCAUUACUCCAGCUGCACACUAGAUUAAGUGAGGUCACUAUUUGGCCCUGGUCUUUGUUCACCUGCCUUCAGAAGGCACCAGCCUCUUCUGACUAAAUAACUAAUUAAUAACCAAAUGUGGUUGCAGUCUUGAAAAACAGCCAGGGCCUUUCUGUAACCAGGUAGGGCCAGGUUGUCGGCAUUUGAGCAGUGCAAACAGGAAACCGCACAUGCAGAUUGAGCACUUGCAUGCACCAGGACCAGUGUGUUUUGAAAACGUGUCCCUCACCCUCAAGUAUUUCAGGUCCCAGAUUUGUCUUGCUUUGCAGUCCAUGCAAUGGAGUGCGAAAUGCCCUGAUGUUCUUAUGCUCUCUCUCUUUUUAAAUCCACCGUACCAUUGCCUGUAAUUGAAGAACAGACGAUCACCACUGUUUUUGUGUAGGUCCUACCCACCACUCAACACAAGCUACUCUUGGAGCUGUGCUGGCAUCAGUGCAACUGGGCCACCGAGUGGGGACAAGGGGGGAUCUCUGUAGAUUUCAGCCUCCUUUAAGGUGAGGGAGGAAAACUUCCUGAUUCACUAGAAACCUGUUGGGCAAGGAAAUGUUAGUUGUAAGUGUUUGAGUGGGAGAAGUUGUUACAAACAGCGGAUACAGGGGUGGGAAAUAAAAUCUGAGGAUUUUUAAAACUGUCGCCGCUGCCGCUGUUGUGUUUUAUGUGGACACUUGCUUUAAAGAGCCUGCGAGGGACGUCUCUGUGUAUUUGUGAUGGCUGCUGAUAUUUGCAGCCUGAACGACCUUGCGGUUUGGAGCAUUUUGAGGAUCUGAAUGUUGGGAGUCCAAAUUCUGCCCUCGUAUGAGCACACGAGGUCACUCCCUGCACAAUUCUCAGGUUCCAAUUUGGUCUGUGCUAAGCCGAUAGAAUUACUGACUGGGUGACAUUUUGAUCGUGCUUCCCAGCCGAAGCACUUUACUAACGGAUAUACAAAGUCGUCCAUGAGUGUGUGUCUAUAUCCUUAAGUUUCACUUCACCCAGCACUGAAAUGCAGUCACCUCUGGGGUGGAACGUGGCAGCUGGUUAGUAGCAAAUAGCAGCCCUGCACACCGUUUUAGGACAGGAACUGAAGAGACACCUGUCAACUUCCCCAGGUGGAAUUCAGCACCAGUUUUAGCAACUGGCUGAGACCUUGUCUGCACUAGGACUCCUCUGCUAAGAUUUCCAUUGUAUUGCCAUUUAUUAUUCCUAUUUCCAUAGGGGCUAGGAGCUCCAAAUGUGGACCAGCACGCCUGUGUGCUAGGUGCUGUACAGCCACAGACUAAAAAGUCCAUGCUGCCCUCUAGUGAUGCAAUGCAAUAAGCGUAUGGUUAUAAUUAAAACAUUUUAGUUUGUCCUCCAACAUUAGAUGAAAUUAAUAGAUGCCGUUUUCGUUCUCUUCCCUCAACCCGGAAUGGCAUUACUGGGCAGAGUUAAGGUUGCUUGGGGUCCCUAACUU